AGGCUCGUGUUUGUGUGCGGACCAAGGGCGGACGUAACCGAUGGUACCCGAGUUCAGUCGACUGUUGUGUAUAUGAAACGUAAUGCAAGUGUGCUGUUGAUUGAACAGCUAGAUAAGAUUACGCAGUAGAAUUAUAAAGGCGUGGAAGCGAGAAAUUUAAGUUUUGGUUGUUCAUAUAAGUCCGUAAUAUUCUAUUCAAAUCAAUCGUCGAGAGAGAAUCUAAAUUCAGCUAUGAAUCAGCUUUGUCGCCAAGUUAGCAUAGAGAGUCCAGGUCCUACGAUCAAAGAUUGUGUUUUUAGUUUUGAAGUUCCAGUACCUAAUGUGCCCCCACAUGGAGCUCGAAUAAGGGUCAUUUGUGCUGGAGCUUGCUACCGUUUAAAACGAUCGCCUUCAAUCUCUAGCAUUUCAAGUGUUUCGAGUACUUCAAGUGAUGUUUCUCAAGAAAUAGGGCUUUCUCAACAACAGAGUCCAUCUCACUAUGGUGUAAGAGAUGCAUCAAUUUUCCCUGGCUAUGAAGUGGCUGGUAUCAUUGAUACUUUAGGUGAAAAUGUUGAUGGCAAGUGUGAAUUCAAGCCUGGUGAUCGCGUUGUUGUGUACCCAUACGAAGGUGUUCCACAUGGGUAUGCUGAAUAUAUGAUUGUUCCUGACAUGCAGUUCUUGGUGAAAAUUCCUGACAAUAUUUCAUUAAGUGUAGCAGCUAUGUUACCAACUGGAGCACUGCUUGCUAUGAACACAGUUCUCUCUGUUCAUGAACAUGUUGCAAAAGUUUUGAAAGAACGGGGUGAAAAUGCAGUUUGCAAGGUUUUAAUAGUUGGAACUGGCGGCCUGGCUCUGUGGGCUUUGCGCAUAGCUGGACACCUCUUCAACAACAUUAAGGACCAUGUUCGCAUCACAGUUGCAUCUCUCAGGGACGAAGGAUUUGUGCUUGCGAAGGAAUGUGAAAAAGUGAAUGUAGUUCAGUGGAAUGAAGAUGUUUAUGAGAAGCAACUGAUUGAGAGAACAAAGGAUGCGUGUGGAGGAACAGUGGAUGUUGUAAUAGACUUUGGAACAACUUCACGAAGUCUACACAGAUCUCUGCAAUGUUUAAAUAAAGGUGGGGUGGUAUUCAUCAGCUCUGAAGUGGCCGAGAGACUGAUGCCCAAGUUCAGCAGACGUGCAGAGGAAAGGCAACAGAUCAUACGCCCAGUUGACAUGGGUUCUGUUGAACAGUUGCGAGAACUGGUCGAUCUAGUUGGGAGGAAAGCAGUUGAACCUCCACCGCACACUGAGUUCCCGGCAGAAGAAGCUUGUGAGGUUGUAAAGAAGCUCUGUCAUUCUGAGAUUCAGGGAAGAGCCAUUCUUAGAUUUCACACCAUUAAUUAAGGACACUCACGUUAACUCACUGCAUUCAUUCAAUAUUGUUAUAUUCCAAACUAAUACAAGGAUUAAGUAGCGAUGUAUAUGGAGAAAAAAAGUUCUCGCUGUUAAGUGGUUCCAUUGUGUUAUCAGUGGAUACAUUGUACUGAGUGUGGCUGGUUUAACCUAGUCGAUUAAGCUUGGCAUAAGUAGCACUGUUGCAUGAGCAGGACCACUGAAUAAAUUGUGUUGUUUAUUGUAGUUAUUGACUGGCUUGAAUGUAGUAGAACCUACAUAACAGAACCUGUUUGGAUUGUGGAAGGCAAAAUUACGUACUGGUAUUGGAAAUUAACAUUUUUUAAUAUUUAAAGUACUUGAGGUAUAGAAAUGUCAGGAGUGUAUAUUUUUACUCUGUAGGAAUCUAUAGAGAUUUAACACCUGUUUAUUUCUCUCAGUUUUUUAUUGGAACUAAAUGAUUUUAUAAUCCUAAAAUUUUACCACCUGGUUAUUCUGAAUGUAUUUUGCUUCCAUUGUUUGAAUGCAGAUUAUUUGUAUAAGUUUUUUUACUAACUAAUGCAAAUGUACUCGUAUUAUAAUAUAACAGUAUUAAGGUUUUAAAAGUAGCAAUAUUGUGUAUGUAUUAGGAAAGAUUAUGUCAAUGUAGAAAAAAGCUAGUCUUAACUGUAAAAGAAGACUCCCAGCAUAAUGCAGCUGUUAUGGAGACAUUAAAUAUCCCUGCAGUGAAGAUGAUCUGCGGUAAAUCAUGGCAUGAUCGCGAGUCACUAAAUAUGAAUAAAAGCUGUCAAAAAAGUAUCUGUAAAAUGUAGUGUAUGAAAACAUUUACAGUUUUUUAUAGUUCACUCACCUUUUGAGCUGGCUGUCUUUUUUAUUAUUAGUAACAGAUAUGCAUAGCAGAAAGACACUUGGUGCACUUGUCAAGGUAACUUUGCUUUAAGAGGCCAGUGAAUAUAUAUUAUUAGCACCUAUUGAAAGAAGUGUUCAUUGAAUUUGAGGAAACUGUUUUUUGGCAAAAUGUUACUUCCAUCCAUUUUUUUUAAUGCCCAGAUGAGGACUUGACUUAACACAGAUGGUAAGUGCCACUGGAAAACUACUAAAACAAUCUUUUGUGCUUAAAUUUUUUAGCAUCAGACUGAAAAUACAGUAGACUCCCAAUUAUCUGGUGUAAUGACCGGCAAGGGAUCCAUGAAUAACCGAAAAAUAUGGUUAAAGCAAAGUUAAAAAAAUACUAAAUUUUUUUUAUUCAGGCUGUCGAGACAAAAACUGUAACAGAUGCCCCUCGAAGUAACACCCUAAUUUGUUCCAGUAAAACAGAGCACUAAUCAAAACAGUGCUAGUCAAAUGCGUUUUUUCAAUAAGAGAGUAUUUUAAUCAAAAUAAUUCAUUUUCCAAUCAGGUAAGUGUGCUUGCUAACUACCAUUUUAAUCAAGACACUGCUCCCGUUAAAAUUAUUAUACAGUACUAAUAUAUGUACGUUAAAAUUAUUAUACAUUACUAAUAUAUGUACGUCUAAAUACAUUAGCCAUUCAUUUAAAUGAAAAUCAAAUAACAUUUUGAGAUUAAACCACCUAAAAUUAAAUUGUAUAAUUCAUGUACUGCAUUGUUUACAUAAUGAGGCUUGGGCAUAACAUUCCUAUGUAGGCGCUAUCAAAAUUUCUGAGUUACAAAAUAUGUAAUAAUGUUUUUGUUAUAGAAGAUAUAUUUAAGUUAUAAUAUGAUUUUAAAAAGCAUAAACUUAACAUUUUCUAUUAUUAGAAAGAUUAUUUAACUUGUUAACGUAAUUCCUGACUGUUAUUUACUAGAUGCGUUUCUGCCAUGAUUUGCAACUAGCACAUCCUAGUAGGCGUGAGGUAAACUAGCUCUGAAAUCUUCUGGCUUCUCUCCAGAGUUACUGCUGACACACCUGACAUGCGGCAUGUUGGCUGAAACUCUGACGUCAUCGGAAAUAAAUAUACAAUGAAGGAAGCAAAUAACUAUUGCGGAAAGAGUAAAAUAUUUUUUGAUGUUUUGUCACGUUAUAAAUUUGUUGCAUUACAAAUUACUUGCAUUGGAUUUAAUGUUACACAAGUGUCGUUGCCAUUGUGCAUGCAUGGAAAUAAAAAAUUAAAAAAGUAAAAAAAAUUGUUUAUGGUUCAUGGAAGUGAAAUAUGCCACAGUUAACCCGAAAAACGGAUAAUCAUGAGUCUACUGUAACUAGGGUCAACAUUUUACAUUCCUAGACACCAACUUUUGUCCUUUAUUCAACUAAAUGGCAUUGCCAAAAUAUUUGGGCAUGCUUCUAUCAUUGCUGCUGCAAGUACUGGAAGCAUUUUUCUCGUAUCACUCAUUGAUCUUUUUUUAGGCUCCGAAUCACCUGAAACAAUUAUAUUCUUGAUUGUGUAAUUUUGGAUUUUAAUUGUAUUUCCUGUUAUGGAGAUUUAUUUUAUUAUAUGCUAAGCAUUUAUAAUUUUUAUUUAUGUUUUUUAGAACAAGUUGUACUAAACAUAUUUGUUGUAAAUAAAGUUAUAUAUACAAAACUUAA